GGUCUUGCCCCGCCCUGCUCCUUGCCGGCUCCCCGCCCUUGGGGCCCGGAGGUGGCGGGACCCGCGGGCGGGAAGUCCCGGGCUGGGGCGGCGCUGGCCCCACGCACAGAGAGGAGUCGCGGCUCCCGGGGCGGAUCCGGGAUAACCGAAGCAGGCAGCCAGGAUGUUUCUGGAGCCCCAGGAAGCUAUGCCCCAGACAUCUGUGGUGUUCUCCAGCAUCCUUGGGCCCAGCUGUAGCAGACAGGUGCAGCCCGGCAUGGGGGAGAGGGGAGGUGGGGCCGGCAGCGGCUCCAGGGACCUCAUUUUCCAAGAUGGACGCCUCACCUCUGGAUCCUUCGAGGCCUUGAUGGAGCACCUGGUCCCAACGGUGGACUAUUAUCCCGAUAGGACGUACAUCUUCACGUUUCUCCUGAGCUCCCGGGUCUUCAUGCCCCCUCAUGAUCUGCUAGCCCGAGUGGGGCAGAUCUGCCUGGAGCAGAGGCAGCAGCUGGAGGUGGGGCCUGAGAAGGCCAAGCUGAAGUCCUUCUCUACCAAGAUUGUGCAGCUACUGAAGGAGUGGACAGAGGCCUUCCCCUAUGACUUCCAGGAUGAAAAGGCCAUGGCCGAGCUGAAGGCCAUUGCACACCGAGUCACCCAGUGUGAUGAGGAGAAUGGCACAGUGAAGAAAGCCAUUGCCCAAAUGAUACAAAACCUGCUGCUGUCCCUGGCUGCCCGCAGUCAGCUCCAGGAGCUGCGGGAGAAGCUCCGGUCACCCGUUGUGGACAAAGGGCCUGUCCUCAAGGCCAAGCCACCAGCCACCCAGAAGGACAUCCUUGGUGUAUGCUGUGACCCCCUGGUGCUGGCCCAGCAGCUGACCCACAUCGAACUGGAAAGGGUCAACAGCAUCCGUCCUGAGGACCUGAUGCAGAUCAUCAGCCACAUGGAUUCCUUGGACAAUCACAGGUGCCGAGGGGACAUGACUAAGACCUACAGUCUAGAGGCCUAUGACAACUGGUUCAACUGCUUGAGCAUGCUGGUGGCUACUGAGGUGUGCCGGGUGGUGAAGAAGAAGCACCGGACCCGCAUGCUGGAGUUCUUCAUCGAUGUGGCCCGAGAGUGCUUCAACAUUGGGAACUUCAACUCCAUGAUGGCCAUCAUAUCCGGCAUGAACCUUAGUCCUGUGGCGCGGCUGAAGAAAACGUGGUCCAAAGUCAAGACGGCCAAGUUCGAUGUCUUGGAGCACCACAUGGACCCAUCCAGCAACUUCUGCAACUACCGCACAGCCCUGCAGGGGGCUACACAGAGGUCCCAGACAGCCAACAGCAGCCGCGAAAAGAUUGUCAUCCCUGUGUUCAACCUCUUUGUUAAGGAUAUCUACUUCCUGCACAAAAUCCAUACCAACCACCUGCCCAGUGGGCACAUUAACUUCAAAAAAUUUUGGGAAAUCUCCAGGCAGAUCCAUGAGUUUAUGACAUGGACACAGGUGGAGUGUCCCUUCGAGAAAGACAAGAAGAUUCAAAGUUACCUGCUCACGGCACCCAUCUACAGUGAGGAAGCUCUCUUCAUCGCCUCCUUUGAAAGUGAAGGUCCUGAGAACCACAUGGAAAAGGACAGCUGGAAGGCCCUCAGGACCACUCUCCUUAACAGAGCCUGAGGGUGCUGCUUGCAGACACUGGCUGACCAGACACAUGAACCAAGUUCACAUCUUGAUGGAUAUGGGAUGAGAUGAGGAGGCCUCACUGGUUGGGGUCCAUUUUGUAUAUAACUUUUAUGAAAAAGAAAAUGGUAAUUAUUUCAUGCAUCAGCCUUUGGCACUUAAAGUUUUUUGUUGUUGUUAUUUAUUUUAAACAGGGCAGGGCCCUGCUUUGGGGGAGGGAUGGGGAAAGAGUAUCAUGGGAGAUGGUAUCCAUGGUAACAUCUUAUUCUAAUGAAAUGUAGAUUUUUAUUUUCUACUUUUGAUGAUUAACAUCUUAUGAAAAAAAGAUUUAAAAUAACCCAACCAAAACCAAUGUGAGCCCUGCCUGUUUGGACGCCUCUGCAGCCAGCGUCUCUGAUGUUGGGGUUAGUGCCUUAGAGGGUACUGGGGUCCAGUCUUCCGGCUCCAUUAUUGGAGUUGCAGCCAGCUCUGUCCUGGGCUGCGAGGCGCCCACCCUCAGCAGCCUGGGCCACCAGGUUCCCACAGGAAAGGCUGGAGUGGCCAGGAGGGCUGGUGUACACACCUCUGGAAGGGAACCUUUCCAUGCGGGCUUUCCAAAGUUUACAUUUUCAUUUUCCUUUAUCAGGGAUUUAUGGGUUUGGGGGGCGGGGGGUAGGGGGAUGCCCGACAACAUAUUUUCUAUGAGAAUAUGUUUGGCAAACUGUUCUUCAAUUGUGUUUUAGAAGAGAAAAAAAAAUCUAAGAUAAUAUGGGGAGGGCAGUGUGGCACUGUCAAUUUUCUGGGCUAUAACUAAGACACAGAGCUACAAAGUUGAUUUGAAACUGGCACACAAAGGGAAGAGAAAGCAGAAUGGAUGUGUUGCCGAUGGCAUCCCUUCCUUCUGGUAGGAGCCCCCCCUCCCCCCCCGGGUAAUCUGAAUUAGAAAAUUAGCCAGGCAGCCACCAGCGCUGGAGCUCUUCCAGAUCAAUCUGUCCAACACAGAGAGGUAUUUUUCUAAUCCAAACAGAGGAGUAUGCUCCAUCUUCCAUGUCUGACUUCCUGGCGUGAACCCUGGGCCUUACAGACCAUGGGUGGGAUGGCUCUCUUCCUCAGAAAGCUGGAGGUAUCCUCCACAGACUGCCCUCUUCACGUUUGGCUUCAGUGGGAGCGGCCAGUCAAGAAGCCCAGUAUAGACUGGUUGGUCCCAUUCCCAGAGCUCCUGGGGAUAGCCUGGAGAUGGCCAGCCAGACCUUGGGGAGGAGGGUGAGGCGGUCACCCUCAGCCCUGGGGAGCUGAGUAGUUACACUGUAUUGUCACAGUGUGUUCGCACUUUUCAGAUGUUCGAGGUAGUACGGAUUGUAUACUGAUAGUACCUAUUGCUUUGUUUAUGUCUUUGAGAUAAAGGCUGGAAACUUGAGAAUAUAUAUUUGGAAUAUAAUGUUAGAACAUUUUCUGUAUAUGUGUUAAAGAGCCUUCAGUCCAUGUGCACUUCAAGGGUCACCAGUUCUGGUACCCACUUGAAAAGUGUCUACAUUUGCUACUUUAUUCCCCCAAUUUGAUACACACCCCAAAUUUGAUGUUUUGGUAUUUGGAGCUGAUCUCUGAACAUAAAGCUGUACCAUAAUGCAGGAUGUCAGUUGUGGCGUGACUGAAUGUAUGUGCAUUAAUAAAAGAACAUGUUGCUCCUCUC